GUCAGACUACUUCUGUUAUUGGUUAAUGUACAACCCAAAAGCCCUGGGUACAAGGUUAUACAUGAGCCUAAGAGAUGAACCUACUGUAGCUUACCCAUCAUUAUGAAGCCUCAAUGAUAUGAGGCCUGUUUAACCAUACUAUUUGACCAUCUGUCUGACCAACAGGUCAAAACAGGUAUUGAUUCCCAGCCUGUUUCUCAUACAAAAUUGAUGCUAUCAAAAAAAGCAAGGAGAUACCUUGGUACAGCUGUUAUUGCUGUCGAACUUGGCUGUUUUAUUGGUGCUUAUAGAGUUUGGCAUAUGAUGAACACUGACCAAGGUAAUUCAAAUUGAUAGGCACAGGAUGGGAACUUCUUUCAAGCUUUUCCAUUGAUACUGCUAGGUUCAUGCUCAAAUCCUUUGCAUUGUUAUAAAUUUUAUCUCUUUGACUCUAAGUUCACCCUUAUCCAUACAGUGAUACACCCAAUAUGCUAUCCUUUCUGUGCCAAUAGGAAGUUAUUUCUCUCACUGUAAAUAUUAAUAUUGUCUAUCUAUAUCUUGACAUAAACAAUUACACCAUUAUCCUUCCAUGUAGAUUACCGCAAAUCAAUGCACGAGAAUUACCCAUCAGUGUUGGAUGGUGAGUAAAUAUACUGUCGGUAGUAGCAACCCACUGAGCAGACUACAUUUUUAGCUGUGGACAAUGUUGUGGUUUUUGUUUGAAUUACCUGAAAAAGAUUACUUGGGUAUUUCAAGCAAAGGACCAAGAGUCAGAAGCCUAGUAAUCUAAAGGUCUAACCUCCUUAAUACACCAUGCAGGGUGCGAUAAUUCGCGUCCUUACUUACCGGAGGUACAGUAAUAUUACGGUCUGAUAGUUCUAUAUUUUCAACCAAGUACCACGUAGGUACGCAGCACUCUCGUUAUUGGAGUACUUUUUGACCAUAUAUGACCAAACUUUCCAAUGUAUCCAGGGGCUGGUUGUUCGAACGCCGAUUAGCUUAACCCUUGGUUAGCCUAGAAUUCAAAGCAAACUUCCCUACAACUUGUUUCUGGGUCAGUGGGAGUUUUCUUCUCUAAAGUUUUGAAAUAAACAGACGUACAGAAAUACAUAAAAACAGCAGAUUAAAUUUUAACCAAGGUUUAGCGCAAAUAAUUUGCAGAAUAUUAGUUUAUUACUGUGCUACUUAUAUGAUUUUGGAACAGUGUGAAAAAGAUGUGUGAAAAAGACUAUGCAGUGACUCACACAGUGUGAAAGAGUAUGGGCGCUUUCCAUUAACUCGGUCAGAACGGGCAAAUUGUUGAAUGGAACACAAAACAUUUCGGCUUCGGACCUAUCUGACCGGAAAAUUUAGAUAACCUUUGAAUGAGGUCCAUUUUCGCUAGAUAUUUGAGAAACAUAGACCAGAUCUUUCCAUUGAUACAGAGAAAAACAAUUUGGGUCUGACCGGUCAGGCCAUUAAAUGGAAAACGCCCUAUGCGACUAAGCGCAACCACCACAGUGUCGAUAACUGGAGACAAAUACGCUGAUAAAAUUAAGUAGUACAUCGUGUUUUGUUUUCCAGUGUUCUACUACAGUGCUGAAAGAUUUGCUGGGAAUGUGGAAGUCCGGAAAGACGAUUACAAAUCUUGGGGUGUUUCGACGGAAUGAAGUGCAUGAUAAAAUGACAAUUGAUAACAACAAACUAAAAAUGAAAACUUGAUACUAGGGAAAACAGGAAACUGUGUUGCGGAAAUAUUGUGUUCUAGCCAACAUUUGUCAAAAACAUUCAAUGCCAUUAAUGUUACGAUCUUCAAAUGUUUCUGCAACACUGUUUCCUAUAUUUAACGAUCCACUUCGCUUUCAUCAGUACCGGAUACAGUGGACAGAGAACUAAUUAACAUAAAGUGCAUUAAUAUUUAAACAUUAAUAAUUUAAACAUUAAUACCUACAACAUUCACUGUGAUUUUAAAGAAAAUCCUUACUAUGGAAAUAGUAUGGAUCUUUGCUGGAAAUAGUAGGGAAAUCCAAUUAUAUUUCCAUCGUCUAUAUCGACUUGUCUAUAACCUUUUUUUAUUCUUUUGAACAUUAUAUACUACUAAACAAAGUUAUAACAUAAUAAACUAUAAAAUACUAUAAUGUAUAGGUUUAAUAUCGAUCCGAUCAAUAUAACAGUGUUAUCUGCAGUAAUGUGGGAUAUUUCCAGAGGCAGAGUCUUUGUUUUUCUUUUCUUGAAGUUUUUGAAAGAAACUCUGGAUGUCUUCUUUUGUAACAGUCUAC